UCAUGCCCAGGGGCUGUGGCCCCUUAUUAAGCCUGCGGAGCCUCUGGCUGUCCCUCACUCGCCUCUCCCGCCCGCUUCCCUCCUCCCUCCUCCCGCGCGAUGGCCUCGGCGCUUACCUAUGUCUCCAAGUUCAAGUCCUUCAUCAUCUUGUUCGUCACCCCACUACUGCUGCUUCCUCUCAUCAUUCUGAUGCCGGCCAAGUUCGUCAGGUGUGCCUACGUCAUCAUCCUCAUGGCCGUUUACUGGUGCACCGAAGUCAUCCCGCUGGCCGUCACUUCCCUCAUGCCUGUCUUGCUUUUCCCACUGUUGAAGAUUCUGGACUCCAAGCAGGUGUGUAUUCAGUACAUGAAGGACACCAACAUGCUGUUUGUGGGUGGCCUUAUCGUGGCCGUGGCCGUGGAGCGCUGGAACCUGCACAAGAGGAUCGCCCUGCGCACGCUCCUCUGGGUGGGGGCCAAGCCUGCACAGCUGAUGCUGGGCUUCAUGGGUGUCACAGCCUUCCUGUCCAUGUGGAUCAGCAACACGGCCACCACGGCCAUGAUGGUGCCCAUUGUGGAGGCCAUGCUGCAGCAGAUGGAGGCCACGAACAUGACUGCAGAGACCAAUCUGGGUGCCCUGGAGCUGGUGGACAAGGGCAAGACUAGUGAGCUUCCAGGGAACCAAGUGGCCUUCGAAGACCCUGCCAUUGGGCAGCAAGAGGACCAAGGAAGGAAGAGCAUAUGUAAGGCCAUGACCCUGUGCAUCUGCUAUGCAGCCAGCAUCGGAGGCACGGCUACCCUGACUGGGACGGGGCCCAACGUGGUGCUCUUGGGCCAGAUGCAUGAACUGUUUCCUGAGAGCAAAGACACCGUGAACUUCGCCUCUUGGUUUGGUUUUGCCUUCCCCAACAUGCUGAUCAUGCUGUUGCUCGCCUGGCUGUGGCUCCAGUGCACUUACAUGAAGUUCAGUUUUAAGAAGACCUGGGGCUGUGGUGUGGAGAGCAAGACGAGCCAGCAGGCCGCCUAUGAGGUGCUGCAGGAGGAGUACCGGAAGCUGGGGCCUUUCUCCUUUGCUGAGGUCAAUGUUCUACUGUGCUUCCUCCUGCUGGUGGUCCUGUGGUUCUCCCGAGACCCCGGCUUCAUGCCUGGCUGGAUGUCACUUGCCUGGUCAGAGGGCGAGACAAAGUAUGCCACUGAUGCCACUGUGGCCAUCUUUGUGGCCAUUUUGCUAUUCAUUGUGCCUUCGGAGAAGCCCAAGUUCAACUUCUGCAGUCAGAGUGAGGAAGAAAGGAAAGCUCCGUUUUACCCUCCUGCCCUGCUGACCUGGAAGGUGGUCCAGGAGAAAGUGCCCUGGGGAAUUGUGCUGCUUCUGGGGGGUGGAUUUGCUCUGGCUAAAGGGUGUGAGGCCUCAGGACUAUCUGAAUGGAUGGGGAAGCAGAUGGAGCCUUUGCACACUGUGCCACCAGCAGCCAUCACCUUGAUCUUGUCCUUGCUCGUGGCUGUGUUCACAGAGUGCACAAGCAAUGUAGCCACCACCACCCUAUUUCUGCCCAUCUUUGCCUCCAUGUCACGUUCCAUUGGCCUCAACCCGCUCUACGUCAUGCUCCCCUGUACCCUGAGUGCGUCCUUUGCCUUCAUGUUGCCUGUGGCCACUCCGCCUAACGCCAUCGUGUUUGCCUACGGACACCUCAAGGUUUCUGACAUGGUGAAAUCAGGACUGAUGAUGAACAUAAUUGGAGUCUUCUGUGUAUUUCUGGCGGUUAACACCUGGGGACGGGUCAUGUUUGACUUGGAUCAUUUCCCAGACUGGGCUAAUACGACACAUACUGAAACUUAGGAAGAGCCACAGCACCACCCAUACAGUCCCCACCACCCUGCAGACUCCUGGAUCCUUCUGGAACACCUCACUGAUGAGUUUUGCUUUCAUACCCUGGAGUGACCCGACAAUGCCCAUACCCCAUGGAGACCCAGCCAGCAGUCAACCUCUUCCUCUGGGUCCGGUUUCACAGGUGGGGAUGGGCAGAUGAAGUGGCCUCCCACCUGGCUGCAGUCAUCAUCUUUUUCAGUGUUCUGCCAUCAUCUCUGGGAUGUGCCAGGACUGUGCCCACUCAGCCUCAAGCUGGCCCCACACAGGGCUCCGGUGUCCACUUGCUGAGU